AAUCCUUUGUCUUUGUCUCACUUUCAAUUCUCUCGGUCUUUCUCUCUUUUUCUCAAGAAGCACUACAAACUGCAAUUUCUAAAUUCUUGCCACAUUACCAAAAUUUCCCCCAAUUUCAUCAAAAACUUUAACCUUUUAGAGUUCUUAAACAAUACCCAAUUCACAAUUUUGCCAAAUUGUUUCACCUUUCUUCUGAAUUAUUCGAAUCCAUUACUUAAUAUUGUUGAUGCUGAAGAAUAUGACAUCUCCAUCAGGGAUGAGGGUUUUAUAUGACAAUCAGAAUUUGAGUUCUUGAUUUUGGGCACGGUGCUCGCAAAAACACUUCCCAUUAUGGAUUCUGAAUCUGAGGUGUUGCUAUCCUAUUUUUCAUGCUGUGAAUUGACUUCUUGAGUGUGCUUGUGGGGAAAGUGAGUUAGAAAUUUUCUACCAUUGUCGAUGGAGGAUUCCUUGGGUGCUCCUGAUAAUAAUAGAAAGGGGCUCAAGCGUAUUGUGGUUUAUGGAAAAACUCCACCCUUAAAAUGUUUGGUUGCGUCCAUCCCAAAGAACUCAAUGAAAGCUUUGCAACGUAUUGUUAAUGUGGAAAAAAAUAUAUUGGGCAAGGCCACUUUCACUGAAGCUGGACUUUUCCUCCUGAAAGUUGCAAUUCUGGAGGCAGUGAGGAGGUUUUCUCAGGCUCACUAUCCGUUCUUGUGGCGCAGUCUUCAGGCUUUGCAAUUUCUUUGUUUACCCCCACUUAAGUGGAUUCAGAAGUGGGGAUUAUUUAGGGGUUUGGUUAAGUCCAUGCAGGCUUUAUCGAGACCACUUUUACUUCUCUCAGUUGCGACACCCUUCUCUAAUCAAUCAGACAAUGUUGAAGAAGAUCCAGGAAAUUCAGAAUCUUCAGAUGCUUUUCAGCCAAGGACUGAUCCACAACCUGAUUCCUUGACCAAUGUAGCAUCAGAUUCAAGCAGAGUAAUUGAAAUUCAAGCCCCGGAGAAAUGGAUGUUGCAACUUUUUGCUGAGCUAGAAAAGGAGGGAAUUGUUCUGCCAGAGAGGAUUACUGAGGAUGACCUUCGUAGAUUAUAUCAUGUUGCGAAAGGUGAUUUCUCAAGAUUCUUAUCUUCGGUCAAAAGAACAAUCAGCUGGAGGCAAAAUUAUAGGUUUAUGUCGGUGCAAGAGCUUGAAGAAUCGUCGGAGAUGGUGUUUUGGCAUGGAUAUGAUAUUAAGAGACACCCUUGCUUGAUUGUUCGUGUUCAAGCUGCAUGCUCUUUUAUGAUGUCUGGGGAAAGAUAUCGCUUGCCUGAAGUACUUGUUUCUCAGAUAGAGUAUGGGAUUCUCCACCUAGUUCAUGCAGAAGAUCCUGUACUCACAGUACUGAUGGACUGUGACGGAUUAAGUCCAUUUGGUUUCCCUAUACACAUGAUGAGAUCCUGUGCUAUGCUUUUGCAAGACCAUUAUCCAAAUCGGCUUGCUGCUUUAUUUGUUGUUCGACUGCCUCCCAUCGCUCGUGUGAUUGCACAAACACUUUUUCAAGUAAGCUUUUCUGAUGUUAUUCAUGCCAUUAUCUCUUCCUAUGCUUUAUGUAUGGUUUCCAGUGUCAUUAUUACAUUAUACACUUGUCAGAUUAUUAUAACCAUACACUUAUCAGAUUAUUAUAAUCUGAACUUCUGAAGUAUGGGUAUCUGCUAUUUGUACUGUAAAGAGACAGUCAUUACAAUCAGUGGCAAGGAAGGGAUAUGUCUAAACCUUUAUGCCAACUAUCUAUUGCAUCAAUUAACUUUGCAAGUAUGCACAUAUUCAUACAAAAUAUUUAGGAUUUCCAGGGAUUCAGUGUUUAUAUGUUUUAGUGUGGGACAACAGGUAUGAUGAUUUUGCUACUGCUCCUUCUUCUGAAUUCCACUGCUCUUAUAUGAGGAUUGGGAUGUAGAAGGCCAACACGGCCUAUAUCUCAAUGAGACCUUAAAAGACAGAUAAAAGGACUCAUCUUGGUUAUUGUUAUAGGAAAAAUAAGCUAUGCGUUAAUGCGUUAUGAAGUUUUACUCAAAAUCUUAUUUUACCAAUACAUAUGUAAAAUACAAAGAUUGAGACUUUAAUUAGUUACUAGGCCACACUAUGUAAUUUGAAUUUGGAAUGGUUAAAAGUGUGAUCACCUGAGAAAUGGGGCAUACACGACAGAUUCUCCUUUCUGUUUUCAGAAAGUGAGCAUUUACCUAUGUACUGUUGUAAAUAUUAGUGUCAUUGAUUUAUGAAAAUACUAUUUCGAUCAAGGAUUUUUCACUUUGACUGAUUGCAAGAGUUAGAUUGCAUAUGCCCCUUAGAUGGGGGAGGACUGUAGCAUUUGGGUUAAAUUAUUGACAACUAUGGCCUGUUAAUGAAAAAGUAAAAAGUGGAUAACUUUUGAGUUUGGUCUCAGUGGAUUACCUUUGAGUUGUAAUCGAACAAUUUCAGCUUCAAUUUCUUUUCAUUCAGAAGGAAAUCAAAUUCUAUCUGCAGUUGAGUUAAUAACUCUACUGUUUUGUGCUGUUACCUGGUGUUGAGACCAGGAACAAGGCGGAAAAUUCGAAUUUUGGGGGAGGACUACCAAAAGGUUUUGUCAGAGUAUCUUCAGGUGCUUCCUUCAUUCCUGGGCGGUGACUGCUCGUGCCCAAGAUGCUCAAACUCUAUUGGUAAAGAGAGUAAUGCUGU